AGAGAGAGAGAGAGAGAGAGAGAGAGAGAGAGAGAGAGAGAGACUCGCUUGUCACUAAAUUAUGUACACGCAGCCGUUUUCCCAGGGGUCGUGACCUUUCUGUUGAACACGUUCUCAAGUGGUGUGUAAAGUGUAAACACGCCCAACGGCACAGGUACUUUAUCCGUGUUUAGCACACAGUCCCGCAGUAGUAGAGGAGAGGGCAGGAGAUAACACGGGAAGCGAGGAACAAUACACAUGAACAAGUUUCCUGUGUCCGUGCUGUGUUCUGUUCCUAUCUUCUCACCUUGAACACCGUAGACGUGUUGCUGGAAUCACCACAAUGGCAGGAAUAGACUGGCGCAGUGUGUACACCCUCACCACGGGCGCCGACCCUGAGGUGGAGUUUGUAGAACCCUAUGUUGCCUCCCUCCUCUUCUUCGCCAUCAACAUGACCACUGGGCUGGUACUCCGGACUCUGACCUCCAUCUUCGUCCCCCAGCCGCUCAGGGGUCUUGUGCUGGACUUUCUGGCAACAAUGGAAGCCUGCGCCUACUUCUUUGAGAAUAACUUUGUCAUGAAGUACUACGGCAGCUUCUGGUUUGCUCUGGCUAUCGUCGUCCAGUUUUUUGUCUGUGCUCGGACGUUUGGAGGCGCCAGCGAAAACCCGGUGAAGGCGCUGCAGUCUCUGGUGGCAGGGGAUGCCACUCUUCUUGCAGCUGUUGCUCAGAUUGCGGUGCAGACGUUGGCCGGCUUGGCAUCCUAUCGCUUUGCCAGAUUGGUGUGGUCCCUGGAUCUGAUCUCUGAUCAUCAUGAGCGUUAUUACGAGACGAUGUGCUCCAGUGACCUCCAGGUGACCUUUCUUAUGGGCUUCCUGAUCGAGCUGAGUGCCUGCCUCACUGACACUUGGUUGGGUAUGCAGACCAUAGCCACAAUACCGAUCCUGGAUGAGCUUAUCAAAUACGUUAAUGCUGCUCUCAUGGUGGUACUGGGCUUGGCAACGACAGGGAUGUACUUCAAUCCUGCCAUGGCCAGCGGUCACACGUUAGGCUGCCAGGGCACAGCCAUGUCGGAGCAUUUCUUUGUGUACUGGGCUGGGCCUUUUGUGGGCUGUUUUGUGGCCCUUCGGCUGGACAAGCUACUCCACGUGGACGUCACCACACAGAAAACUGUUGAUGCCGACAAGAAAACUAAUUAGGCUUCAUUUGAUUUUGUUAACAGUUAUCUUCUAGAUUAACCUGUUUGUAGGAUGGCAAAAAGCUGUGAUCAAGUCUACAGUGCAGUCUAUUUUAUGAGGAAUCCACAAGCUGUUCAGAAAAAAAAGAAAUUGUAACUAACUAACCAAUAUUCCACAGGAAAGCAACCAAAAUCAUUAUGGGAAUUUAUAUAUAGACAAAGGAUUUUCCAAAGUCUGCUGUUUCUUUUGUUUUAACUUAAAGAAAUUGAUUUCUUAAGUUUCAUUGUGAGCUUGGGUUAGGAAACCAUGCUUAGGGCUUGAAAUGAAAAGUUAGGAAAUGUGACUAUAGCCAUACUCUUGUGGAAUCUUUUUAUGAUAGAAGUAUUUAUAAAUUGAAAUUCUUACAAAAAUGAUGCUCAAGCUUAUCUCUUCUUUUUUAACUAUGGGUGUUACUAGUGAAAACGUCUUGGAAAGACAACUUAAUUAUGUAUAGGGGACAUCUCUUUUAUCUUUACUGAACUUGCAACAUCAUUUUGUACAGCUGUCACAACCCUGGCUGCAAAAGUGUGUGUCUUCAUACAAUAUAAUAUAUUUUGUGAUAAUUACAUUUUAGGUCCUUCUAGAUAGUAGUAGUCGAGUGUUUAGUUUAAAGAUUCACAUUUGUAAUUCCACAUUUAGAUACCAGUUUGAAGUCCCGUGUGUGACAUCGAAGCCCUUAUAUAGUUAGGUGGAGUGCCACUAGCCAAUAUCCAACCCCAAAAGUUCCUAUCACAUGUAUAUCUAUAUUUUUAUGUUUGUCACUGCCAUUGUGUUGAUUCUCAUGGGUUCAGAAGCCUCCAAGUAACUGGUCAAAUAGAAGAUAAGUAAAGAGGGGAAGGGAAUCAGAAUGAAAAGGAAAGAGUUAAGGGUGCACAAUAAAGAAAGGGUGUGAUUGUUGGGUAAAAAAAUUGAAAAGAGAGAAUAAUGGGUUCACACUCAUGUGACCUUAUGCAAUUGCUAUCGCUGUAAACCACCAUACCCCCCCCCCCAAAAAAAAAAAGAAUAUUGGGUUCUCGUAGUGUAAACUUACAAUAUUUGUAGCAAGAGAAAUAAACCUAUACUUCUAAGGUUCCUAUGUGAGACCAGAGAAGGCGGUGGGGACAUGAAGAGGAGGUGUCAUAUUUUACAGCUUGGCAUGGAUAAAUAGAUAGAUACCGUACUAAAGAGGAGUUGAGUAAAAUUAGGAGUGAAAUCUAACUUCACAAAAAAUUAAUAGAUAGAAUAAAUAAUGAGAGACAUGGUAAUAUGGAUUCUGUAUUAAGUUUGGUAGCAUGAAUUCAGAUAGAAGUCAAAUGCAAGAAUAAAAAAUCUGACAGCAGUACAGAUACAGUAGAAGUAGGAAGUAAAAUUAGAUGGGGCGAAUUUUUUUUGGGGGGGGGGUGUUUGGAGGAGAGGGAUGACAAGAGAGGAGAAGUGGUAAAAAAGAACCGUUAAUUGUUGGUGGUAGAGGUUUGUGAAAGGCGGAUAAAGAGCUGUGUGAAUAUCUCUGGGAAAAGGAUGUGGGAAAGGGGUGGUACACUUGAAAGGAAAUAGAAGGGGAAGAGGGCAUAAAGCGUCCUAUGUCAUCAUAUUAUGAUACCUCUCAGUCUUUGCGUGAGUUUAUUUAGUUGUAAGUGUGGAAGAAAAGAAAUUGCUAAGAUCUUUCAUGGUAUUGCCAUUGCAGCUGCCACUCCACACCACUUCCAAAUCUAAUACAAGUAAUUUAUCAAACACCGUAGAGAAAGAACCUGUGUGUUGGGAAAGAAAUUAUAAUUUUUCUUUACAGUUAACAAGUGCAAAGUCUCACUACCAGUGCCUUGGUUUGGGGAAAAAAAAAAAUGUCUGACAUUCUUUGUCGCAAUUUCCUCCUUCCAUCAAAAGAAUGUUAUUAUAACGCACUUGACAACCGAUCGUUGCCGUUGAUGUAUUUAUUUUUAAAAGCAGUAAAUGAACUAUUUAUAAUAAUAUAUAUUAUAUGUAUUAUUAUUUAAUGUUUUGGGUGAUGGACUUUCUAUUUGAGUGAGAGACAUUUGAACUCGUUUUAUACGGGUCCUACUUAAUUUUGUUGGUUUAUUUGUUUUGAAGUUUUGAAGCACCUUAAACAGAUCAUCUAAGUUACUAAAGAUAAGUGCAAGUUUAUAUUUAUAGUAUUUUUUUACUACAUUUUCUUCUUUGCAUGACCAUUUCCAUAGACCUGUUUUGAAGUGGUUUUUGAUUGUGGUGAUAUGAUGUUUUGAAGAGGAAUAGAUGUUAUUUGAUUGUAUAGUAGUUACGAAGUCCACAAGACAGCUGAAAGGAAAAAGAUCCUCUUGUUACAAAUAGUAUAAAUAUGCCUUUUCGUUCCUAUUUCUAAAGAAUUUAAUGUGCCUGAAAUAUUGUUAGUUUUAAUAUCAUGUUUUUUUAGGAUUCAUUUUCCACAUUUCAAAACAGUUGGUUUGCUGUAUGACUUUUCCACAUUUGCAGUAUUUUCUGAUAUGUCAUCUAACUUACUCUGAUGUCCCCUUCUCCAUUUAUCUUCUUGUUGAAGUUGAAGUAUGUUGUUGGUUAAAUGUAGUAUUCCGUUAUUCUCAUGGCGUGUAAACUAAGUGUUCUAGUAAAUGUACUUCUAUUGUGCCUCUAUUGUAAUCCAUUUGUAGCCCCACACCUUUACAUUUUUGUGUUCCUAGAGAAAUGAAGUUUUCCAGUUACUUCUUUAUGUCACAAUAUUUGAAGGGAUGGCGGACAAACUUUUUUUGUGUGUCAGUUACAUUUCUCCUUAUUCACUUGUAUUCUGAAGUUGUGGGUUAGUCUACUUUUCACAGGUUGUUGUAUUAACAAACAGUCUAUUUUUACUCUACGCAAAAGGUAACUUCCCUGGCGAGGAAUAUUACCACAUUGUCGAGGUAUUCUCAUUCACUUGCAAAUUACAAUAUAGAGUGUAAUUUGCUUCUUGGAAGCUUUAAGGGGAAAAAACGAAGUGCUGUUUGGUAGGUUAUGAAGAGUACAACAUGGGCCAACGUGCACUCGAUUUGAAGCGUGUUUUAGAUAUGGAAUCGGGGAGAAAUGUGUAAAAGCGAGAAAAAGAUAGGGGGCGGGGCGAUGUUGAUGAUAAUCUAUAUCAGGAGUUCUUAACAAAGCAUAGAACAUGAACAAGGGGAGAUGGAUAUUUUUCGUUUUCAGAAAGAGUUGAUUUUAUUAUUUUAAUUUUCUAGGUUUUUAACUAAGUCCAUAAUGUGUACGCUCUCAUGAACUAGGCGAAGUCUCUGUGCUGAUCGCCUUCAUCAGCUGCUAUCAUGUUCGCCCUUUCAUUUUCUAAACUACAGCAAUCAAAGCACCAGAACUUGGAUUUUUUUUGGGAGGGGUUGGGGGGGGAGGUGUUUGUGUCCUGGGGAGAUUCUUUGGAGGAACGAAGAGAGACCUUCCCUCCCCUUCUCUAUCUCUUGUGAUUUUGAGUUUUUUUCAAGUGGCACCUAUAGAUCUGGAGUCUUACUGCAACUGGUGCCAUAAAUGCAAAUAACCUACUUGACAACUUUUUAAAGAAAGGUUUUCUUUCGAUCCUGCAAUUAUGUGAAUAGGCUUAUAGGCGUGUGUUGAUCCUGAAAUGAAGGUAAAUGGGGUUGCUACUGGAAACGAUCGAGUACACUGACAGAAUUCUGCUCUUUACACAGUUGUGUGGUUUUUAUAAACAAGAUGUAUACAUAAUUAAUUGUUAUUAUAUAUAUACAGUAUUUUAUUUAUGAGUUGAUAACCCUGUUGUUAUUUUACCCAUGCAAUAAAAGUUGAGUCUAUUUUUUCCUACCAUUAU